CCAUGUCGCUUGCAGUGUGGAUGGGGUGUCGUGAUACAAAACAUCCGCAUGCCGCAUGUCCACGUUUUCCUGAGCCUUUGGUACUGAAUGGGUUUUGCUCCCAGACCGAGAAGACGACAUGAAGUGCGGUUAUUUGCUCGACAGACACGUGCGUUGACUCGGUGUGUAAGCUGAACGCGUUCUGCAAAUGCAUUUGACGUGGGUCUUUGCCAUCGCACUACAAUGACUGCUGUCUCCCUGCAGUGAGCAUUCUGAGAAUCUUCGAGGGGGACAAGUUCGAGCUAAACACUGCAGGACGUUGGUUCUCCAGGACCAGGAUUGGAAACCCCUGACUCAAAGGCCCUGUUACAAAAGGUUAUGCUGCCCGAAAGUUCCCAGUUGAGUCUGAGUGAAAGAGAAAAGGGCUAAAGCCAGCGCACUUUACAGCAUCACCCACAAACCUGACCGUAAGCAAUGAGUGACCCUCAGGAUGCCAGUGACGUCACUUCUGCCGCAGGCUUGAUGAGACAUUUGCCUGUUGUAGUGCAUUCUCCGCCCCAGUGCUGUGAGGAUGAUGAUGAUGAUGAUGAAGGGGACCUGAACAAGACACUGGGAGUGCAGCGCUUCCAGCAGAUCCUUACACCUGCCCAGCGCGUGCCCAUCGAACAACACCGCUCCUUUAAUGAGGAGGACUUUGAGUAUCACCGUCACACCUCUCUACACGUUCACCACCCUCUGUCUAAACACCUCCCAGAAGUCCGGAGGAAAAAGCCAGGAAGAAAGCGGAAGGACUUAGGACGGAGGAGGAGUUCAUCUAUGGGAGCUGCUCCCCCGAUAGAUGAGGAUGAUGAGGAUGAAGAGCUGGAUGAAGAUUCCUGUAGCCAGCAGGACAAAGAGGGCAAUGUCACCACCACGCCUACACCGGACACGGACACAGAGCUGGAUGCUGAGCAGGCACAGUUUUUCGUAUCAGAAGACGAUCCUGACUCCACUGUAAAGAAGAACGGUAAAGUCUCGCCACAUCGAAAGCUGUCAAUCAUACCCCAUUCAACGCUUCAGACCAGUAUCAGCAUCCCAGAAGAUGUUACAGCAACCGUCCGCAGGGGCGGAAAUUGGGUUUGUAAUAUGCCCAAAGGCAGACGAGUUUCUGCACCAUGUUUGUUUCCAAGUUUGAGUUCUCCAGACGGCAGCUUUAAGCCCAGCCGCAGCUAUGACCUGCAGGAGCGCCGCCGCACGGGCAACAUGACGGGCACCACACUACACUACCAAUACAUGCCCACUGACGAGAGCGAGGCGCAGACGCUCGCCACAGUCGACCUGGAUGGCAUUAAAAGUCACAGGUUUGAAGAUGUCCCUGGUGUGCGGCGGCACCUGGUUAAGAAGAACGCUAAAGGUCAGGUGGUUCACAUCGGCAAGGACCACAAAGAACCCAGCAGUCGCAUCCGGACCAAGUUGGAUCGAACCCCACAUGAGGUGUUUGUUGAGCUGAAUGAGUUACUGAUGGAUAAGAACCAGGAGAUGCACUGGAAGGAAACGGCUCGCUGGAUAAAGUUUGAGGAGGACGUGGAGGAGGAGACGGAGCGCUGGGGCAAACCUCAUGUAGCUUCACUCUCAUUCCGCAGCCUGCUGGAGCUCCGCAGGACCAUUUCACACGGUGCAGUGUUGUUGGACCUGGACCAGAAGACGCUGCCUGGUAUUGCUCAUCAGGUUGUAGAGCAGAUGAUUAUCUCCGAUCAGAUCACAGCACAGGACAGAUCCAAUGUGCUCCGAGCCCUGCUCCUCAAACACAGUCAUCCAAGUGAUGGCAAGGAGCACAGUUUGUUUAACCGGAACAUCUCAGCAUCCAGCCUUGGCUCUCUCAUAUCACAUUACCAUAGCAGUAACCACAUCGCCGCACCGGAGCCCUACACCACAGACCCGCUCAUCGGAGGACUACGUAACUUUGAGUCACGCAGAAGUGUAGACUUCGAUAAGAAUGAGAAAGACACACCCCAGUUUUUUGGUUUGCACAAGACCAAAUCUAAACAUGAGCUGAAGCUGCUUGAGAAGAUUCCAGAGGAUGCAGAAGCAACGGUUGUCCUUGUGGGGAGUGUGGAUUUCCUGGAUCAGCCCACCAUGGCCUUCGUGAGACUGCAGGAAGCGGUUCUGUUAGAGUCAGUUCUAGAAGUGCCAAUUCCAGUUCGGUUUCUUUUCGUGCUGCUUGGCCCACCCAGUGCCAACAUUGACUAUCACCAAAUCGGCCGCUCCAUAUCAACACUUAUGUCUGAUAAAGACUUCCACGAAGCGGCGUAUUUGGCAGAUGAGCGGCAGGACCUGCUGACAGCCAUCAACAGCUUCCUGGACUGCAGUAUUGUGCUUCCUCCAUCCGACGUUGGAGGAGAUGAGCUGCUGCAUUCUAUCGUUCGCUUCCAGAAAGAGAUGCUGCACAAGAGACAGGAACAAGAGGUCAAACUACAGGCCAAGGAAGCCAAGAGCCCCGAGGACAUGGCUCAUCAUCCUCCUCUGAAACCUGAAGACGAUCCUCUUCGGAGGACGGGUCGGCUGUUUGGUGGGGUUAUCCGAGAUGCACAGCGCCGCUACCCCAAAUACAUCAGUGAUUUUAAGGAUGCCCUAAGUCCUCAAUGCAUGGCCACAGUCAUAUUCAUUUACUUUGCUGCACUUUCUCCUGCCAUUACCUUUGGAGGACUAUUGGGUGAAAAGACGGAUGGUUUGAUAGGAGUGUCAGAGCUGAUUAUUGCCACUGCCGUGCAGGGAAUGUUGUUCUGCCUGCUUGGGGCUCAACCUUUGCUGGUGGUGGGCUUCUCUGGACCCCUGCUAGUGUUUGAAGAGUCCUUCUAUUCAUUCUGCCGGUCCAAUGAAAUCGAGUAUCUGACGGGACGUGCGUGGAUUGGAAUCUGGUUGGUCAUCAUUGUUGUUCUCACGGUGGCCUUUGAGGGGAGCUUCCUUGUGCGAUUUGUGUCACGCUUCACCCAAGAGAUCUUCUCCUUCCUCAUCUCUCUCAUCUUCAUCUACGAGACCUUCUUCAAGCUGGGCAAAAUCUUCAUGGAUCAUCCUAUCAGAAGCUGCUAUGGAAGAGAGGAAAAUGACACUGCUUUACCAACACCCACAAGUGACGGCAGGUCUCCAGAUGCCUCGCAAACCCUAAACCAGCCAAACACCGCUCUCCUCUCCCUGGUGCUCACGGCCGGCACCUUCUUCAUUGCCUUCUAUCUGCGUAAAUUCAAAAACAGUGCUUUUUUCCCUGGCAGGCUCCGAAGGGCUAUUGGAGAUUUUGGAGUUCCUAUCGCAAUCUCCAUCAUGGUUCUGUUGGACUACAGCAUUAAGGACACUUACACACAGAAACUAAGUGUGCCUGAUGGCUUCUCUGUGACCAGCCCGGAUAAGCGUGGUUGGUUAAUACCCCCACUGGGCUCAGACGGCCAGUUCCCCAUUUGGGUGAUGAUUGCCAGCAUUCUACCUGCCCUGCUCGUCUACAUCCUCAUUUUCAUGGAGACUCAGAUCACCACUCUUAUUGUCAGCAAGAAGGACAGGAUGCUGGUUAAGGGUUCAGGCUUUCACUUGGACCUGCUGAUCAUCGUGGUUGCGGGUGGUGUUUCAGCUCUGUUUGGGCUGCCAUGGUUGACUGGUGCUACUGUUCGUUCAGUAACUCAUGCAAAUAGCCUUACGGUGAUGAGCAAAGCUGUUGCGCCUGGUGACAAACCACGCAUUCAGGAAGUAAAAGAGCAGAGAGUAACAGGAUUUCUGGUGGCUUUUCUAGUAGGUCUCUCUAUUGUGAUUGGAGACGUUUUGCGGCAGGUUCCUGUUGCUGUGUUAUUUGGUAUAUUCCUCUAUAUGGGAGUGAUGUCUCUCAAUGGGAUCCAGCUAACAGAACGCAUGAUGCUGCUAUUAAUGCCACCGAAGUACCAUCCUGACCACACCUACGUCCGCAAGGUGCGUACUCUCCGCAUGCAUCUGUUCACAGGUUUGCAGCUGGUGUACCUGGCAGUGCUGUGGGUUGUAAUGUCAACCUCGGCCUCGUUAGCCUUCCCGUUUGUUCUUGUCCUUACUGUGCCAUUCAGAAGGUUCCUGCUGGCCCGAAUAUUUACUCGCCGUGAGAUCCAGUGUCUUGACGCAGAUGAUGCAGAGCCUUCAAUUAAUGACAGAGAAAGCCAAGAUGAAUACACAGAGAUGCAGAUGCCAGUAUGACCUCAUUCCUCUCUCGUCACAACCUGCGCUUGCCUGACUUUUUUGUUUUAGUCAGAGGCGUCCAGAUGUACUGCCUUGUCUUUUGUCUUUUAUGUCUUAUGUCUUUUUUCAUUAACCAGUUGUUGUCUCCAUUUCAUCUCCCCAAUUUAGUUUUUGCUUAAAUUAUGUAAACAUUAUAUUUAUACAUAUGUAAAAGUGUUAAGUAGUUGCUCAGUGUCACUUGAACAACUGUGUAUCUGUCGCUUGACGAAAGCUUUGUCACCUGUACUAUUAAUGUUGUUUCUG